CUUUUUUCGGUGUCCCACUGCCACCGCCUCUCCAGCUCCAGUCCACUGUUUCAACCUAUCACAACCUAAAAUGUCUAGACUUCACAACAACAGCACGCGCUCCCUUCGCGUUUCACGUCUGCGGGAUGUCAUGCAGAGACCAGCGCCUGGCACCAUCGUUUCACGCGAGUUGAUCACGCUAUCUUUUAUUCAGUUCUGCGGUUUUUACUUGUCCAUUUUUGAAAAGGCCCGCCCCGAGCACCUCCGUCCGCAGGAAUAGUGCUCGGCCCCGUCAAGGCUCAUCCUUCGUCAAGCGAGGAGCCAGCCAAGGGCGGAUGGCGGUUUGUACAGUAGGGCCUCAAGGAGCUUGGAUGAUAGAGGAUAAACAGGGUUACCCGAUCAAAGGAGGCUUUACUAUUCUUGGAGUGGGAGUGCGAAUCAAAGGGCUACUUGCUACUCCUUGGUUCCCGGUCUCAAGAAUGGAGCCAUGAAUGGCAAAAAGUCCAGCAAGGAAGGGAAGCAUUCCAUUCCUUUCCCGCCACCCUCCUAUGGCGCAGCAGCAGAGAACAUGCCAACUUGCGAGACUUGCUCCUGUCUCUUCUGCACGUCAUGCUGCUUAUGACAGUUUGUACUGUCAGUCAGGAAGCCAAAAGGCCUUAGGCCAAGCCUUGGGACCAAAUUCACACUUUAUCGGGUUGACAGACAUUCUUCAGAGCGCGUCAAGAGCGGAGUGAAUGGUUACCUGCAAGGCUAACAAGUGUGGUUCUCUUCUCGCGUCGUGGCCAUGAUGGGACACGACCCCGGUCAGUCAGCCGCCCAGAUCCGAUCUGGGCCCCUCUCCUCCCUUGACUUCACCCCUUUCCAGGUACCCAGUAGUGGUACCCAGUACCUUACAGCCCAUAUACACUGUACAUAUACCAUGCAAUGGACUGUGGUGGUGGUCUUUUUGUUCCCUCUGGUUCAGGUUUCCGAAUCCAUCUCUCGAUCCAACUUCCGACUCGUCGUCUCUCAUUAGGUGUUGUUGCUCUGGUCGAUUUCAAGUACUGGCUACUUGAAGAUUGAUACCAUACCCCCACCAGCAUAUCUUUGCGUCCACUCCUUUCUUGUCUGCUUGCAGCCGGUAUCUGAAUACCUCGUCGCUCCUUUUCUUGGUUGAACCAGAUCACACAUUCAUUUUUUUUCUGCUGCACUGCAUUGAUACCAACGACGACGACCGCGUCGACUCCAAACACAAAAGAUCAGAAACAGAAACAGAAACAUGUUGGCUUCUACGAUCUUGACACUCGCAGGGCUAGUGUCCCUCAGCACAGCUGGUUAUGUGCUGGAAGAUGACUAUACCAAUGGCGACUUUUUUUCCAUGUUCAACUUCUUUACCGACACCGACCCAACCAACGGCUACGUGACAUACGUUGAUCAAAGCACAGCGCAGAGUGGCGGGCUGAUCAGCACGGGCAACGGGUCCAUCUACAUGGGCGUCGACCACACGAACGUGGCAAGCGGAUCCGGGCGAUCGAGCGUGCGACUUACUAGUAAAAAGUCGUACACGCAUGGCCUGAUCAUCUUGGACCUCGCCCACAUGCCCGGCGGCGUAUGCGGGACAUGGCCGGCCUUCUGGACCGUGGGCCCCAACUGGCCGGAAGCCGGAGAAAUCGACAUCAUCGAAGGCGUGAACAUGCAAUUGGGCAACAGCAUGGCAUUGCACACAGGGUCCGGAUGCAGUAUUGUCAACAACGGCUUGUUUUCAGGCAUGGUGGCAACUCCCAACUGCGACGUGAAUGCGGCGGGCCAACCGACCAACGCGGGUUGUGCGAUUUUGAACCUCAACCACGGCAGUUUCGGCAACGCAUUCAACCAAGGCCAGGGAGGCGUCUACGCGACCGAGUGGACCAGCUCCGGAAUCAAUAUCUGGUUCUUCCCCCGCGGCGCCAUCCCAAGCGAUAUCACUUCAGGCUCCCCCGACCCAGCGAACUGGGGCCACCCGGUCGCCGGAUUUGGGUCCAGUGGAUGCGACAUUGACGAUUUCUUCAGUAAUCACCAGAUCGUCUUUGACACCACCUUCUGCGGCGACUGGGCCGGUAAUGUCUGGUCCGUCGACCCGAUCUGCGGCGCAAAGGCCCCGACGUGUCAGAAAUACGUGCAGAAUAACCCGUCUGCGUUUGCCGAUGCCUACUGGUCUGUGAAUUCGCUGCGCGUGUACCAGGGUUCAUCGAGUGGAUCUGGAACCGGAAAUAAUGGCACGUUUACCGCUUCUGGGAUCUCUCAAUCGGCGUCAGCUACCGCGGGAGGCAUCCCUGGUGCCAAGUCUUCGGGCGUUUGGCCGCCCAGCGUUGUUCCACCGUUCUUGUCGUCUGCGUCCGCUACCGCUACCGUCAGUGCUGAUGCAGGCGGGAUCCCUACCACGGGGUUCAGCCGUGGUGGAAACGGUCGCCCUACCAAGACUUGGGGCUGGGGCGCCAAAUUUGCUGAUGCCGACACCGUCGCUGCCACCGCUACACCGGUGCCAUCAUCGUCGGACGAAUCGGCGACCAGCAUUGCUGACGCCGGAGCCGCUGUCGUUACUGUCUCUGCGGACGGAAGUGUGUCUGAAUCGGACACCAGUGGUAAUGGUGGUUCUGACAAUGGCGAUGAUGGAUCAAUAGUCACCGAAUACGUCACAGUCACGGCAUUGACAUUUGAAGACUUUCCGAAACAGAAACAGAGGAAACGUGGUGCAUCGGCUACUGUUCUGGCUGGUGUUGCCAACAACGAGGCCGCCGUGGAUGAACCUAUCAACUCUUCUCCGGACGCAGCGUCGUCGAGUGGAAGUGAAGAAGGAAUUUCUGUCGAUCUCAAAGCCAGACACCGGGAUCAGAAUGUCAACGCCAAAGCACAUCUGACCAAGCAUAAACGGGCGGUCGGGGCGGCUCAUGGACAUGUACAUCGCCAUUUGUUCAAGCAUGGUGUUGGCGGCGGGGCUUUUGGAGGCAAUGAAUGAAAGUUGAACGAUAUGAAAUAAAAGAGUUGAACUGUUCAGCGAUGGGAUUCGAUUAUGAUUUUGACAUGUGAAAUGAAUAUGCAUUUGCAAGCCAAUGAUACGCAAUUUGAGCGGAAUGAAUUGAAUUGAAUUGAAUUGAAUCGAAUCGAAUUGAAAUCAAAUGAAUCUUUCAGAAUCAG